GGACAAUUAUUUCUUAAGUGGUGGUGCUUCACUGCUGAAUUCUGGCCUUGCUUCGUUGGCCUGUGGAUUUUUGUUACUCCCUGUUUCUGCAAAAUAAGUUGAACAGGCAAAAUGGACUUCUCCAGGCUACCCAAAAUCCGUGAUGAGGACCGAGAGGCUUUUGUUGGCUAUGUCCAUGGAGUCUCGGGACCUGUGGUCACGGCAUGCAACAUGGCAGGUGCUGCUAUGUACGAGCUGGUACGAGUAGGCCACAGUGAACUGGUGGGGGAGAUUAUCCGACUGGAAGGUGAUUUGGCAACUGUUCAGGUGUAUGAAGAAACGUCUGGUGUCUCUGUAGGAGAUCCUGUACUCCGUACUGGCAAACCCCUGUCAGUGGAACUAGGGCCUGGCAUUAUGGGAGCUAUUUUUGAUGGUAUCCAGAGACCUCUCUCAGACAUCAGCACUCUGACCAAAAGUAUCUAUAUCCCCAGAGGUGUCAACGUGUCAGCUUUGAGCCGAGAUGUCAAAUGGGACUUCACACCUUCCAAAAAUCUGCGGGUUGGCAGCCACAUCACUGGCGGAGAUAUUUAUGGUGUGGUGAAUGAAAACUCCCUCAUCAAACACAAAAUCAUGCUGCCCCCACGGAACAGGGGUACAGUUACAUACAUUGCUCCACCAGGAAACUAUGACACUUCAGAUGUUGUCUUAGAGCUGGAGUUCGAAGGUGUGAAGGAGAAGUUCACUAUGGUCCAGGUCUGGCCUGUACGUCAAGUCCGUCCUGUUACUGAGAAGUUACCAGCCAAUCAUCCUUUAUUAACAGGCCAACGGGUCCUGGAUGCCCUCUUCCCGUGUGUACAAGGGGGUACAACAGCGAUUCCUGGGGCAUUUGGUUGUGGGAAGACUGUGAUCUCUCAGUCUCUCUCAAAAUACUCCAAUAGCGAUGUCAUCAUUUAUGUAGGCUGUGGAGAACGAGGAAAUGAAAUGUCUGAAGUGCUGAGAGAUUUCCCUGAGUUAACAAUGGAAGUUGAUGGCAAGGUAGAAAGCAUCAUGAAGAGAACAGCUCUGGUAGCAAAUACCUCUAACAUGCCUGUGGCUGCCAGAGAAGCCUCUAUCUAUACUGGAAUCACUCUGUCCGAGUACUUCAGGGACAUGGGCUACCAUGUCAGUAUGAUGGCAGACUCUACCUCCCGAUGGGCUGAGGCCCUCAGAGAAAUUUCAGGGCGACUGGCUGAAAUGCCAGCUGACAGUGGUUAUCCAGCCUACCUUGGUGCCCGUCUAGCCUCUUUCUAUGAGCGAGCUGGCAGAGUGAAGUGUCUGGGAAAUCCUGAAAGGGAAGGCAGCGUCAGCAUUGUCGGAGCUGUCUCUCCCCCAGGUGGUGACUUCUCUGAUCCUGUCACAUCUGCUACACUGGGCAUUGUUCAGGUUUUCUGGGGCCUGGAUAAGAAGCUGGCACAACGCAAGCACUUUCCUUCUGUCAACUGGCUGAUCAGUUACAGCAAAUACACACGUGCCCUGGAUGAGUACUACGACAAGCAUUUUACAGAGUUUGUCCCUCUCAGGACAAAGGCCAAAGAGAUCCUACAGGAGGAAGAGGACCUUGCAGAGAUUGUGCAGCUUGUGGGGAAA